CGAUAAUUAAAUUAUUUGUUGUUUCAUCGUUUAUUUGAAAUUUUAAACACAUUUAUAUUGCUUUGCAUAUAUGGCAAUUAUCACGUUUUGUCACACAGCUGUCAAAAUUGUUGAAAAUCAAACAAAAUUUUUGUCAAUAAAAUAGAUUUGCAAUAGAUUUUCUCAUUUAUCAUUUCUCAAAACAUCACUACCAUGAAUGGAUUAAAAAUGUUACACUGUUGAUAUUGUGUGAUUCGAUGAACUUGGUUACGGCGAUUUGAUUAUCCAUCAUCACCAUAGAUAUCAUGGAAAAAUUUUGAUUUUUUUUUUUGGUUACUCGGAUCAUAUCAAUUCAUGUUGUUUUUGGCUUGGCUUGGCUGUUUGCUGCAGGUAUAUGUGUGUGUGCAGGAGAUUGAUGCGAUUUAAUCGAUUUCAUACAGCUCAAAAUGGGUCAAAUGAUGACCACCACAUCGAUGGAACGACCACCAUAUCAUCGUCCAGGUGAACAUUUUGUUCCAUAUGAUGCAAAUUCUUGGCGUCGUUUAUCAUCAACAUAUCUUAAUCAAUUAAUGUCCAAUGGUAAAUUAACGAAAGAUGAAUUAGAAAUUAUUGAAUUAGAACGAUAUUGGCGUAAUCGUAAACAAAGUAACUAUUCAAAUCAUCAUCGACGUAGUUAUUCAUUAAGUCCUGUUGAACAACAACAACAACGACGACGACAACAAUUGUAUAACCAUGGUGGUAGGUUGAAUGGUGCAUCAAGUAUGGGCAAUCUUACUGCUUCAAAUUACAAUGAAAAUGUUGGACAUUCAUUUCAUCGGCAAACACCUGUUUUAAGAAAUUUUCAACAAAGUAGUCAUCGUACAAAAAAAGGUGAUAGCCGUUAUCAUUCAUUAGUCAAUGUUUCAUCAAUAAAGCCGACUCGCGAUAAUAUUGAGAAGCUAGCAUCUAAUCUAAAUGAUCCAAUCGAUUAUAAAGAUGUUGAUCAUCAUCAAUCAAAACAACAUCAUCGGAAACCAUUAUCCUCAGUAAGGACAUUUCAAAAUGAACAUUUUUCACCACAUGAUUCAAGUUUCAGUUCAUACGAUUCAUCAAAUCAAUCCGGUUCAGUAAAUCAACAGCGAGCUGGUCGAUUCGAACGAAACAAAAUAGGCGCUCGUAAAACGAUGAUCAAUUCAACAUCAUCCGGUUAUAAUGAAAAAAAUGACAACAAUGUUCCGGUGAAAAAUGAACCACAAAAAUAUCCUGCCAAUUUUAGACUUCCCGAUCAAAAUAGAGAACCUAGAAAAUUUCAAGAAUAUUUUCCCAAAUCAGCUUCAAAUCAUCAUCGUUUAUUAUCGAAUGAUAAAACUGUAAAAACUGAAUUUCAAAAUCAAGAACAAGAACCAUUUCUGAAUCAUAAAGAUAAUCAUCAUGAAAAAUUUACGAAUGACUCACCAGAUUCUGAUUUCACUAGGAAUGAUUCUAUUCGUACAACAGGUGAUCGACGAAAUUUUACACCAGAUCCAAUGUGUCAAAGUACCGAAAGAUUAGUGGAAAAAGAACGACGACAAAAUAAUAAUAAGCUUGAUUCAAGUUUUAAACGUCGUCAACAACAAUCAUUGGCACCAGAUUUUCGUAUUAGCUCUCAAGAACAUUUAGAUCAAUCAUAUAAAUCAAUACAAACUUAUGAUUUCAAUGUUCAUAAUAAUAAUAAUAAUCAUUCAGCCACUAAUAAUCGUGUUCAUUUUAAUAGUAAUGAUGAUGAACAAAAACGAAAUGGUUCGGCACAAUUAAUGCGCCAUAAUCAACAACAACGACAACAAAAUGGCCAUAGUAUCGGAUAUUUCGAUACUGGACAUAUAAAUUAUUAUUCCAAUUAUUAUCAAAGUUUUGAUCGUCCACAUUUAAUGUUUUCGAAAAUUAUUUACAUUAUACUAUUGGUGGCCAAUAUUUGUCUAGUUAUUUGGAAUAGUAUCUAUAUGCAUUUUGCAUCGAUUAAAAUUAAACUUGGCGAACCGAUUGAUGGUCGAUUAUAUUCAAUGUCACACGUACAACGACAUUUAUGGCAAGCGAUUGUUAUUGCAAUCAUAUCAUUGAAUUGUAUAACGACAAUGGUGGCUAUUUAUGCAACCAUUAGACAAAAAUAUUGGCCCAUAUUCAUAACGACAAUUUUAUUCUAUUUGUUUGCUAGUUUUGGUUCAUUUUCAGAAUUUUUACGUGGUAGUAUUUCUUCAUGGUUAUUACCAUUGAUUUGUGGACAUUUUGGCAUCAUUGUUACACAUCAUAUUGCUAUUGAUUAUUAUUCAAUCUGAUUUUUUAUUUUUUCAAUUUUCAAUAAAAAAAAAGUUUUGAGUAU